AUGCGAGGCUUAUGGUGUGACUACACGUUCCAGAGCCACAAGUCUCAGGGUCGCAAGUCUCAGGGUCACAAGUCUCAGGGUGAUUGGCUGGCUGCGCUGGGAGUGACCUUGAGAGCUCACCAUCUUACAUGGGUGUCAAUGCGAGGUCCAUCCAAGAGGGAUUUCCCAGCCAGUGUUGGCUACCAAUCUCCCUGGUAUGAGGAGUAUUCCCUGGUGGAGAGUCAUUCUGCCAGGCUCAACACCGCCCUUACUUGUGGUAAGGCAGUUGUCAGAAUUGGUGUUAUUCAUCCAUUGAGAACUACUGAUUGGCUUUUGGGCCAUGUCAGACUUCUGACCCUGAAAGACAGGAACGCAUGGACAACUUCAAUCACUUGA